AUGGAGGUCCGUUGCAAAUUGUUCAUGGGCACGCUCAAAAAGGCGGCGCUUGAUUGGUUUAGCGGUCUUCUUGAUCGAUCGAUCACCGACUUCGAUGUCUUCAGUCGGCUUUUCAUGGCGCAAUUCGCCGCUAACAAGAGGAAGCCGCCGAUCACAUCAGACUUGUUCGACCUCAAGCAACAACGCGAGGAGUCCCUAAAAGACUUUAUGCAAAGGUUUAAUGAGGUCGCCUUGAGGAUAGCGUCUUUGGAUGAACGGAUGGCGGUGAUCGCGUUCCAGAAGGGUUUAAGGUCCGGGGCUUUCGAUAUCGCGCUUGAAAAAGCAAAUUGUCAGACGAUGUCGGAAGUCUGGGCUUUCGCAUUGAGUCAUAUCAAGACGGAGGAGAACCAGAUUAUUAAAAGGGCAGCGGAGAACCGAGAAGCAUCGAGUAGCAAUAAGGAGGGCAACAAAUAUCUCCGGCCGCGGUCGGAUUGGAAGGCAACAGACCGCCAGUUGGGACCUCACAAAACCGAUUGGUGUGAGUUCCAUCGGACUCAUGGGCACAAGACGGAGAAUUGUUUCGUUCUCGGGAGGCAGAUCGAGCGCCUUAUCAAGGAGGGUCGAUUGAAAGAGUUUAUUGCAGGAAAGCAGGGUGAGAGCUCGUCCGACAGGCGACGUAGGCAGGAAGGAGAAGACACCGGGAGAAGAAGGCGCGAAGGGAGGAGGGGGCCGACUUCGGCGUCCCGGAAGAGAUACUCUCGGUCAGUGUUCUCGGUUGCGGAGUGGACGAGACCUACUCGGCCUGAUAUCACGUUCUCGGAUGCCGACUUCGAGGGCGUGUCCCCACACGAGGAUGACCCGAUAGUCGUCUCGGAGGUUGUCAUGGGUUACAAUGUGAAACGUGUACUGGUGGACCAGGGUAGCUCGACAGACAUACUUUUUUGGGAAGCUUUUGUUGGUAUGAAAAUUCCGACUGAUCGCCUUAUGCCGUACGCAGGUACAUUAGUUGGUUUUGCAGGUGAUCAGGUAACAACUAGAGGAUAUGCCGACUUGGAGACAACUUUUGGCCAUGGAGAGAACUUGAAGACUGUCACUGUCCGAUACCUAGUGGUGAACGCCCAAUCAUCCUAUAGCAUACUAGUGGGCCGACCGACAGUAAAUAAGUUGGGAGCGGUCGUCUCCACACCUCACUUAAAGCUGAAGUACUCUCCAAGGGGUGCACUAGGGUUUUUUCCUAGGUCAAGCCUCAAGACCAGAGCAUUCAAAGGGGUAAUCUGCCCUCUUAGCCUUAGGGUUUUAGGUUUUAUACUUCGUCGUUCAUGGGCCUUAUGGGCCCCGAGAACGUAG